GGAGGAAAACCCGGUAAGCACACACGUACAAGGCUGUGGUUCUGAAACUCUUAUUUUUCUUUAACGGUACUGAAGCAACGACUUUCGUUGUUAUUCUUUCUUGUUUUCUUCUUCUUGACAUGUUUGAUCGGUAUGAAUUCAUAGGAAAUUCUCCCUCGCCCGCACUGCUUCAAAAACGGCGCAUCCCAGCGCUGCUUAGCACAAAACAGGUGGCUUUUCUCUCUACAAAAUCGAAAGACACUGCCAUCGUUUGAAGGGCCGUUGCUUCCACCUGCUUUCCUUUUAUCUUCUUUCUCGUCUUUACGCUUCGUUAGAAUGGACACACCUACACCGUCGCCGGGGACGCCGCAGCAGUCCGGCAGCCGCUUUUCGCUCUCCUCCUGGAAAAGUUGGUGGUCGCUGCGCUGGAUGCCCGUGCUCUUCUCCACACGAUGUGUACCUCCGCCUUCCUCGUCGUCGCUGGACAGCUCUCCACUGCUGAGCGACAGCACCUCUGCCUUUGUCGUUGACGAGACAAGCGCGCCCAGCUCACCUCUUCCCGCAAACAACACGCAAUCACCCGGCGUCCCUGCUGCGUUUACUCCUUCUAUCGUACAACAGGAAAGGAAAGGAAUCAGUGAAGGACAACGUUUCGUGAACGCCGCGAACAUCCCACCGGCUGCCGUCCCGGCGACCACCGCUGUAAACUUCAGGUCGACAGCAGCGGCAGCGGUGGCGGCAACGGACGCCAAAAUGGGCCGCUUUCACUCCGCCGACUCGUCCAAUGGCAGCAGCAACAAUACUGGCGUGGCUGCCGACUCCACUCGGUUUGGGGAAUCUUCGAGAAGCACAACACCGCGUCCUUUGUCUCCCUCAGCCACGUCCACGCCGCGCCUGUCCACUCCGUUGAUGGCGCCGCUGUCGGAGGAGGUGUACGCCGUGAAGCCGUGGGCGAUGAUGGAGGCGGCAGCCGUGGCGACCAGCGCCCGUAGCACCGCCUCUUUCCCGCUUUCUGGCACAACGUCCGCGGCGGAUGCCCUCGCGGCGGAUCAGAUGCGCAUCCCUCCAGCGUGUGUGGAGCUUCCGGGACCGCAGUCGUUGUUUAUUCGGGGUACGGCUGCGUCAGGAUGUGACAGCCACAGCAUCGGCUUGCUGCAGAGGAGCGUCUUGGCGGAGCAGCUCGCUGCUUCCCUUUCUCGGUCGCAAUGA